AUGGCCAGGAACCACCACCACCUCCUCCUUGCUCUGUUUCUCGUGGCUGCUGCUGCCGGCACCACCACCACCACAGCUACCUCAGUCAACUCGACGACGCCGACGGCGUACGAGAUGCUGGAGCGGUACGAGUUCCCGCGCGGCAUCCUCCCGGAGGGCGUGCAGCGGUACGAGCUCCGCCCCGACGACGGCUCCUUCGAGGUGUUCCUCUCGGGCCGCAGCGGCAGCUGCGAGUUCCGCGUCGGCGACCGGUACCUGCUCCGGUACGACCGCCGCAUCUCCGGGACGGCGCGGGAAGGCUCCAUCCGGGCGCUGCAGGGCGUGAGCGUGAAGGUGCUGUUCGUGUGGCUCGCCAUCACCGAGGUGGACCGUGCCGGCGACCAGCUCAGCUUCCUCGUUGGCCCGCUCGCCGCGUCGUUCCCUUUGGAGAACUUCGCCGAGAGCCCGCGCUGCCACUGUGGCUUCCACUGCGCCUACGUCGCCGGAGACGCCGCCGCUGCCGUCGCGGCCUCCUGA